ACGUCAACGUCACAUAGAAUUACAUGAAAGAAAAGAAAUCAUGUGGAAAUCAUUUCGUUCACGCCUAUUCCAUUUCAACGGAAUAUUACGAAAGCAAUGAUGUGCAGUGAAAAUCAUUAUUUAUUAAAUUUCGCUAAAGUUACGUGGGAAAGUGUCGGGCAGGCGUAAGCGUGAAAUACAGUGUUAUCAAAAUGUUAUACCUUUGAUUUGUUGCUUUCAUCAUGACUACAAUUAAGAAUCCUAAUCCGUCGUCUUCUAAGCUUGCUCUUCUGAACCACAUCAAGUACGAGCACCUGGUAGCUGGCAUAUCAGGUGGCGUCACAUCCACAUUAAUUUUGCACCCCCUGGAUCUUAUUAAAAUUCGUUUUGCUGUGAAUGAUGGGCGGACUGCAACGGUACCGCGCUAUGAUGGGCUGGGCAGCGCGUUUGUCACAAUAGUGAAGAAGGAAGGCGUGCGGGGUCUCUACCGCGGCGUCACACCAAACGUGUGGGGCUCCGGCUCUGCCUGGGGGUUCUACUUCUUGUUCUAUAACGCGAUAAAAACAUGGAUCCAAGGCGGCAACGCGCGCACGCCGCUCGGUCCAGGCCUCCACAUGCUCGCCGCGGCGCAGGCCGGCGUGCUGUCACUCGUCAUGACCAACCCCAUCUGGGUGGUGAAGACGCGCCUGUGCCUGCAGUACAGCGAGACCACGCUCGCGGACCACAAGCGCUACAACGGCAUGGUCGACGGCCUCACUAAGAUCUACCGGACCGAGGGCGUCAGGGGGCUGUACAGGGGCUUCAUCCCGGGCAUGUUCGGCGUGUCGCACGGCGCGCUGCAGUUCAUGACUUACGAGGAGAUGAAGAAUCGCUACAACCAGUAUCGGAAUCUGCCCAUCGAUAUUAAACUGACGUCGGUCGAGUACCUAACGUUCGCGGCAGUGUCCAAGCUGAUCGCAGCGGGGGCCACGUACCCCUACCAGGUGGUGCGCGCGCGCCUGCAGGACCAGCACCGCAGCUACGACGGUGCGUGGCACUGCGUGCGCGAGACGUGGAGGUAUGAGCGCCUCAGAGGCUUCUACAAGGGCCUGACGCCGUACCUCCUCCAUGUAACGCCUAACAUAUGCCUCGUCAUGCUCAUAUGGGAGAAAUUCACCAAUAACGAUUGAUUCAAUCCAAACUUAUCUGAUGGGAAACGUACACGACUAUUUAAAUUUUUUCUCGCUAUUUAUUUAGGCGAUGCGACAUUUUUUUUUUUGAGUGUUCACUAGCCUGGUCUCACACGCAUUUUUAAUUGACUUUUCAAAAUUAACAAAUUCCUGAAACAUUUUAAGGUGGCUUCAUUGAUGUCUGAGUUCAAUAUAAGUGAAGUUUUUUUAUUGAAUAUUAACCAAAAGAACUCAAUCACAUUUUGUAGAGUUUAUCAAACAUCCUUAAAAAUAAAUGAUUUCCCACAAACUCUAAGAUCUGUAUGAAAAAGGCUGUCUGCAAAAUAUGUCCACAGCGAGUAAUCAAAGUGAGCUCAUUUGGGAUAGAAAAUAUUAGCUUAUAUAUAAGAGAGAAAGAGAUGGUACUAAGGACAUUUCGAAUCAUAUCUUUGAUUAGAACUAUGAUGUUAUAGACUGUCACAGUCUGAUGAUUAAUAAUAAUUGUUUUUAGUAUGAUUUAAAUUUUUCGUGUGAGAAUGGGCUAGCAACAAACCAAUUAUAUAAUACUUGUCCCUUUUAUUGUAUGUAUGUGUUUGUGUUUUAUUUGGAUUUUGACUGCUGUCACUCACAGGUUAUAUGUCUCGAUUGUUCUAUCAUUGCCUAUAUAUUUGUUUAUUACUGGGUAGCUCCACCAACAUUUUAUUACACAACAAGUAUUUUUGAUAAGUUUUAUUUUUACUCAAAUUGACGUAAUUAUUUUGAAUUGACGUAAUAUUUUUUUAAACGUAAGAAUUGCAUUUUCAAGUAUGUGUAACUGCCAUAUAAUUAAAUAUAUUUAUCGUUAAAUAGUGAUUAAAUAAAAGAAUAAUUAGAGUUAAGAAUUUAUUUAUUUAAUUAAAUUAUCUAUUUUUAUGUAUACGACAGUAUAUACAAUACGAAAUAUAAUAUCGACAAUCGUAUGUGCUCGAAAUGUAUUUAAAAAAGAUCUGAAAACAAUAAUUAUAUUAUUAUUAUGUUUAUAAUUAUACUUGUAAAUGCCUAUAAUUUGGUUAAUUUGUCUUAAAUUGACGAAUGAAAAUACACAUUUAGGCCACUUGCACAAAACUGCUUAGUGUAUUUUAGUUAAAUUGUGUAAUGCUGUCAAUUUCGACAAGUUUAUUCCAGGGUUGACAAGAAAAAGGCAGAUAUAGAACAUUUAUCUCAGGGCCAAUUUUUCAAUCCCAUUUUUAUUUAUUCAAAUGAGGAAUUUCAACUCAUUUAGAUUAUCUAACGAUUGAAAAAUCAGUCCUUUUUUUUUUGUUUAAAUCUGGCUUGACUCUGAUUAGCGAAUCAGUCCUUAUUAGAGAUAAAUUUUAUAAGUCUGUCACUUUUUAACAAGUUUAUUCCUAUUUUGACAAGAAAAGGGCAGACUACAGAAAAUGUGACGUAAACACAUUAAACGGGUUCGUGCAAGUGGACUGUUGAUUUAGAGUAAUGUUGGUGGAGUUAAAUUCAUUUAAUACCUAUCUGUUUCAAUUUUGACAGCUGUCACCUUGACAUUUCGGACAGGGUUUUUUAUGGUGUCGCUUUUGUCGACGGUAAGGUAAGAGUUAGCGUAAGUGGGAUCUAGUUAUUGUUUAUUCUACUAACGUGCAUUUUAUUGUGAAAUCCCUUUUUUAUCGUAUUUUAAAUUAUACUAUUGAUACUAAUCCUCUUACGUAGUGGGGGGCUAGCAAGGAAGUUGUGAUUAACACGUGAUAGUCGCAAUUGUUUUGAUAUAUUUGGUAUUCUCGCAAUAACUCGUGCCAAUAAAGAAACCAACCAAAACGAAGCGUCGCUAGUAAUUACGUCUCACUCAUACACUAUACAAAAGUAUACUGUGUAAGUGAGGUGGAAUGAUUUUCGCUGUUCUUUUCGAUUAGUUUAUUGGUACGCGGUAAGCAAUAUGCAUUCAUUCUAAGUUAGAGUUCUCCCACUAUUGGUUAGAAUUUUUAGCCAAUAUUGAGAGAAUGUUUGUCAAUCAAAGGUGAUUGCGAUCAUCACAUUGAAGCUAUCAUACUUUGGUGCUAGGCCCAGUGUUUAUAUUCGAGAUUGACAAUGAUUUUGGAAAUAUUUAUGUGUACAGUUGUGACAGGUUUUGAUAAGUUAUCGAUUAUUUAAAUUAAUAAUAAUUGUAAGUGUAACUAGGAAAACCUAUGUGUAAUCGACGACUUUUUUUAAAACGAAAAAUUAUGAAAUUUUUCGCUGCUAUCAAAGUAUUUGUGAUGUCGUGUUUGAAAAGGAUAGUUAGGACUAUGGUAAAGUUGAUCUAGGGAUUACAUUUUUUUUUCAAUAAGUAUCGAAGUAGCACGGUUUUGUCUAUGUACUAUGAGUGUAUAUCAUAUCAUUGGCUUUUUUAUCCAAGAACCUUAUUUUUGUAUUGUUAUCUAAAUGUAUAAAACGAAAAGUUGACUGAUUGAUUGAUUGACUGAUUGAUCUAUCAACGCACAGCUCAAACUACUGGACGGAUCAGGCUGAAAUUUGGCAUGCUCAUAUUUAUUAUGACGUAGAACAUCCGCUAAGAAAGAAUUUUUGACAAUUUGUCCCCUAAGAGGGUAAAAAAGGGGUUUAAAAUUUGUCUAGGCACGCGGGGGAAGUUGCGGGCGUAAGCUUGUUAACAAAUAGUUUCAACGAUAUAAAAAAAAUUGAUAAAAAAGUCAGUGUGUAAAAGCCUGUCUCACGACAUAUGUUUUGUGUUCUAUCGCUCAUAAUAUUACUAAUUAUCGCCAUAUAUGUAAUCUCUUUUAAAUAGUAGUUGUACAAUUUCCCAUCAGAUCGUGAUUAUAAUUAUAUUUUUAAUGACAUGGCAACACUGACGGUGGUGUUGCCGCGAUUUAGUUAAUUAUAAAUUGUUUGUGAUAAUAGUACUUAGAAUGUCCUAAUAAAAAAUAUUUCCCAUAUCUCCAUGUAAAAGACAAUUUUGUUUUACUUCUUUCAUAAUAUAACGUUACAUGUGUGGUGAGACGACGUUAGGUUCUUUAUAUGUAAUGAUGCCGCUACAUGCUUGCGGCAUACAACAUACAGCAAGCAUCGGCAAACACCACAGAGUAUUUUUAUACUUAGUGUUUGGCUAUGGUUUGGCUUGCAGCCUAAUUAGAUCGAACGACAAGCGCUCCUAAACAUUGGCAAGCAUACGUUAACACCCAUCUACACGCUUGCCAGUGCUUGUUGUUUGUUGUUUGCCUCAAGCAUUAAGUGGCACCAUAAGAUAGUGUUUGUUUGUUUCAACUUGUUUAUGGUAAUUUAUUAGAAGUAUCUAGACAGCCACAAGCGGUCGUUCGAUAGUCAAAAAAUAUACAGCCACAAGUAUUUUAUUAGUUAAAAAUUUUUCCCUAAUGCAAUCUUAAGGUUCCCUAACGCAAACAAUGGUCUCAAGAGUCAGUUUCGUUAGCUGAAGUACCUCCUAACGAAUCUAAACACACCGACUCCACGCAAUCUUGGCUUUCCUACCCCUCGUAUCUUUGGAAACAGGUUUUUUUAUUGGCUUAUAUGAUUUAAUUUUCAAGGAAUUACUUCACAUGUGUAGUUAUAUCAAACGACCGUUUGUAUCGGUCUAGACACUACCUAAUUUAUUUGAUAAAAUCAUUAAGAAAACGUAACCAUUAAAUACCUUUUAAAAAUAUAUCUACUUUCAUAAUAUCUUUCCCGUAGCAAGUUUGAAGCUUUCUGUCGAGGCUUUUAGUAGUCAUAGUGCCCCGCAUAUAAUUAUUAAAACCACGAAUUUUAUCCGUCAUACUGUUUUCGAUUUGACUUGAUGUAAAAAUGUCAAUCCUCAUUUAUGAGGUACACGAAAUGUUUUUGGUUCCUUAUUGUGCAUUUACACAUUCGCAAAAUGCAAGCUUCCACACAAUAUUCGUCCCCGGUUUUGUCUUGAAACCGAGAUUUUGCGCGACAUAUCGAUGACACUAACAACGAGUAACGAGACGUACCACAAUGGCGAAUAUGUAAAUGCAGGCUAAAAAGCUUGGCACUUGCUAACUUCACUCACAGAGGUAAUAAUGUUGCCAACAUACCGACAUUGUGAGUAAAGUUAGGUGGAAAACUGGGUAUAUUUAUUCCACAAAUAGAGUUAUACACUUUACAGUCAAAUGAAAACAGUAUAAUGGACUGGUGUAAGGCUUGGGACAAAUCUAGUGGAAUUCCGCGAGCAGAAAAUCGAGCGCGGAAUUUUUCUUCGGCAUCUAAUCCGCGCAGAUAAGUUCCUUAAGUUCGAGUCACACUGAGGUUGAAAUCUGUAGAGCACACUUUGAGUUUGCUCAGACUUAAGACGCUGUUAAAACGAGACAGCACUAUAUCGCUGGCAUAAGUCUGUCUCGUUUUAACUGAAAUUUAAACCUGAGCAAAGUCAGAGUACACUGUAUAGAUAUCAGCCUGACAGUGGAAGCGACAAUCUAAAAUUUUACAUAGGACAUUGCCCACUGGGGCCAUAAAUCAAGAAAAAAAGAAGAAUAUUGACCUCAAUUUUCACAAUUGACUUGCAUUCUGACUAACGAGCGUGUCUUUUUUCCUCGUCAAAAAGUGCAUUGUGUUAUGGUCAGUUUAUUGUGUAAAAUUUUAGAUUGUCGCUUGGAUUCAUCUCAACUGAAUGUGAAUCGAGCCUAAUAUUGCAAUAUGUCACAUCGUAGCGGAAUUCCGUACGCAGAUUUCCAUUAUAUCUGUCCAUAGCCUUAUAUUUUUAAAAACUUUAUUACCUAAAGUCACACUUAGUUCAAAUUAGAAUUUUUUGUCAUUUUAACCAAUCUUCAUGUAGUUUAAUAGAAAAAAAAAUACAAAACGAACUACAUAUUAAUAAAUUAAUAUUUUAGUGAAUUAUUAUUAUUCUUCUUAUUAUUAUAUAAGUAAUUAUUAUUCUUAUUACACAAUAAAAUGUGAUACAUGAGCGCUGUUGAUACAUGUCAGUGAAAAUAUUUUUUUUCUUUUUACACUUUAAAAGGUCAGGACUUGAAGUGAAGCCUUUUUUUGGCUUAGAUAAAAAAUAUUGUUCUUUUCUUCAUAUUUAUUAUAAGGGUUAUUACACCUACCAUUAAAAUCAGUCGCAUAGCAUUUGGAACUCUCUUAAUCGUUAGGUAUUCAGCGGUAGUUGUUUAUUAUUGCGAUUUUUAAAACGAUUUUCGUAUUAAGUAUUAGUUUUUUUGACAAAAUUUUAGAGGUACUGAGUUCCAGUGGUUGUCGUGGUGUUUUUAAAACUCCAAUAAUUUUAUUUAAAUAAGUUUAUUUUGUAUAAUAUUUUAAAAAAAUACUUAGAAAUCGGGUUGCAAAUUUUUUACUGACAUGUAAAGGAAAAAUAUGUGACAACCAAAAAAAAGUGAUGUUUGAACUCUAAAGGCGUAUUGUUAGAUUCCUUUCCUUAAUAUUUCUUAGUGUAACUUGUUUGGUGGCUGGCCACAUUAUAUUCACUGAGACAUAUAUAUUUUUAUACAUAUAUAUAUUCAUUAGGACUUGUUUCAAUUCGCCUUUUUCAAUUUGUGUGAUCAAUAAAUGAUUAUUAUUGCAAAUUGA